AUGGAUAUAAAUACUUCUGUAAAAAUGGUUCAAAGUCUAAUACAGUUUUUUCAUCAAUAUAGAGAAAAUGGGUUUAAUUUGGCGAAAAUUGCUGCUACCAAAUUAGCUGAAGAUUCUGAUAUUGCAGUUGCUUUCAAAAAUCCACGAGUAAGAAAAAAUAAAAAAUUAUUCGAUUAUGAAAAUGUUGAAGAACCUGUGUUCAACAAUGAAGAUCGGUUUCGUACAAAUUAUUUUUUCGUCAUUCUUGACCAUGCAAUACAGUCGAUUAAGAAACGCUUUAAACAGUUAGAGACUUAUUCGGACAAUUUUGGAUUUUUACAUCGCAAUGGCAAGUUGAAAACAAUGGAAAAUGAUGAUUUAUUAAAACAUUGUAAAGAUUUGCAAUUAAUUUUAACAGAUAACGAUCUAAAAGAUAUAGAUGGAUUAGAUUUAUUUUCUGAACUAAUCAUUUUUCGAGUUUUAAUUGACGAAGAUACAAAUUCACUCCAGGCACUUAAUAUUUUAAAAACAACAAAUGGAUCAUUUCCUAAUCUAACCAUUGCUCUUAGAAUAAUGCUAACCAUUCCUGUGACAUCUGCUUGUGCGGAAAGAAGCUUUUCAAAGCUAAAGCUAAUAAAAACUUAUUUGCGCAAUCGAUUAGGCCAAGACAAACUUUCUGAACUAGCUUUAAUAUCAAUUGAAGAAGAAGUAUCGUGUUAUGGACGUCUCCAAAACCGAGUUUGUUCGCUUAUAAGAAAUACGUGGUGUAUGAGUUAUCACUAA